AAUAUUAGCACAGCUCCUCGUCUGGCCUCUAGUUUUUCUCUCAUGGCCAAAUAGAUCUGUUCCAUCCACAAAGUCUCAGGCCAUCCUUUCUCACUUUAACGCAAACCCCCAAACGACAGGGACAAACAACAAACGACAAUCCUCUUUCUUCUUGUUUUUUCGCAGGAGCUAUUGGAGAGAAGAUAAUUUAAUUAUGGUUCGUUUUGAUGUUAGGCUGAAGCUUCAACGUCGCAUUUCGAUCCUCAGGCGGUGUAUUCUCCGCGUAUGGAAUCAAAUUCUCAUGUGUUCCUUAGGCAAGCCUAUCCACUAUCGAAUGUUGCCGCCUCAUUCUUUGCCUGUUUCAUCCUCGUCGGAGACCGCCUCCAGCGGAUUCGUUUCGGCGGUCAUCACUCCGUCUUCUACUCCUCCUACAGUGAAGAUGACGGCGAUGGCACCUGCGAUGAGUCAUAACCACCAUGAUAAUAAUAAUAAUAAUAAUAAUAAUAAUAAUAAUAAUAAUAAUAGUAAUAAGGAUUCGGAUUUGGUUGCUUUGAAGAUCAGUCUCCUCGGGGAUUGCCAGAUCGGGAAAACCAGUUUCCUGGCUAAGUACGUGGGGAAUGAGACAGAAGAGGGAGGAAUGCUGAAAGAUGGAAUGAAUAUGAUGUACAAGACAUUACUGGUUAAAGGUGCUCGGAUUUCUUAUGGUCUCUGGGAAGUUGGUGGUGAUGAAGCCUCUAGUCAGCAAAUUCCUCUGGCUUGCAAGGAUUCUGCAGCAAUUUUAAUCAUGUUUGAUCUCACAAGUCGGCUCACAUUAAAUGGUGUCAUACAGUGGUACCAAGAAGCAAGGAAAUGGAACCAGACUGCAAUCUCAAUUAUAAUAGGAACCAAAUUUGAUGAUUUUAUUCAACUUCCCAUUGAUCUUCAAUGGGCAAUUGCAAGCCAGGCAAGAGCAUAUGCCAAGGCUUUGAAUGCAACACUAUUCUUCUCAAGCGCAACCUACAACAUUAAUGUAAAUAAGGUCUUCAAAUUCAUAACAGCAAAGCUCUUUGACCUGCCAUGGACACCUGAGCGAAAUCUUACAAUUGGAGAGCCUAUUAUUGAUUUCUAAAGAGAAAGGAAAAGUCUUAUUAUUAUUUAGUACAUAGCAAAAAUUGCCUCUCUUGAACUACAACAUUAGCAAAGUACAAUCACAAAGUCAACCGUUCACUGGGAUUAUUAUUUUUAUGUUAUUCCAGUGAUUUUGCGAGUUGUUUCUUUUGGAAUUCUGUUUAAAAGCUGAAGGGAAGAGAGUCCUCAUCUUCAUGAAUGACAUAACAUAUGUGGAUGCUCAGCAAUUGU